GUUAAUUAAAUUUCUUCUUUUCCUGGUGCAUCAACAAUAAUUUGUUCUCCUGAUUUCUUCUUCUUCUCCUGGUGCAUCAACACAUACAUGUUUUCCCCAAAUUAAUCUUCCAUCCCCUCCCUCUGUAAGAUGCUUCAAACACAGCCAAAAUACUUUCAUUUAUGAUCAACAACAAAUUAUUAUCAUGCAAUCAAUGAAACAAAAUCUCUGACGUGGAGUAUUCAAUUUCAUUUGCGAUGAAUUGAGAUCUUCCAUACCCUCUCAUUUGGAUUUUCUUAAUUUCUUGUUUCGUUUCUUAUCCUUUUCAAUUCUCCCUUCUUUUAAUUCACCCUGAUCGUUGCAAAGAUCAGACAGAUUUCAAAGAAAAGAGAUUCUCAGCAGUGAGCAACAGAUUGAAUAGAUAGCAAAAUGAAAUUAGGUUUUUUAAUUUUGUAGAUUGGGUUGACCUUUUCAGCAUAAAGGUUUUCAUUCUGGUGUGGAUUCGAUUCAUAGAUGAAGUUGUUAUCAUAGAAUCACAUAUUGCAUCAACGUGGUUGGGAAUUGUUUGUGGAUAUUGAAGAGCUUGAUUUCAGAAGUUUGAGUUGUGACUUAUAAGUAUAUCAGCUUAGGAUCUCCAAGUUGUUUCUGUUUCUCGAUUCGGAACAUGGUCUGUUAGGAGUGACAAAUGGGAAAAACAUGAUGAAUGCGGAAGCUAGAUUGUCUGUCAAUGGACGUAAUAGACAAGACCUUUUCUGAGCUUGUUAGCAUCAUUAAAUCAUGGAUUCCCUGGCAAUCUGAGCCAGCAAACGUGUCUCGUGAUUUUUGGAUGCCAGAUCACAGUUGUAGAGUAUGCUACGAGUGUGAUUCGCAGUUCACCUUAUUUAAUCGCAGACACCAUUGCCGUCUUUGUGGACGAAUUUUCUGUUCAAAGUGUACAACAAACUCAAUUCCUGCCCCGUUCAGUGGCGAAAGGAAUCCUUGGGACGAGUGGGAAAAGAUUCGCGUAUGCAAUUAUUGUUACAAGCAAUGGGAGCAGGGCAUAGUUUCUUUUGAUAACACUGGUCAGGUUUCAAAUCUCGAUCGUACAAUGUCAGCUUCGAGUGUUGCUAGUAGUAAAACCAGUGCGACUGCUGACAGUAGUAACAUUACUCUUUGCUCCGCGCCUUAUUCAGCUGGGUCUUAUAAACAAAUACAACAGGGUUCGUGUGCGAACAACUUACUUCAAUCACCUAAGAGGGGAAAAGACACUGAUCGGGAAGGUUUAUCAUCCUUAGGAGGGAGGAAUAUUGAUCUUAUAGAAGACCCGUUACCAAAGCAAUACGGGUUCUCGAUAAGCAGGAGUGACGAUGAUGAGGAUGAUUAUGGUGUAUAUCGGUUGGAUUCAGAUAUGAGGCAAUAUCCUCAAGUGAAUAGCUACUAUGGACAAGCUGUGCUUGAUGGGAUAAGCAACGUUGAUGGCUCACAGAAAGUGCAUCCUAGUGGAGAAAACAUUGAUGCAAAACUCUCUUCAAACUACAAUUUUGAUGCACAUGGUUUAGAAGGAACACCAAUUACUUCAAAAAAUGAAGAUGAACCUGAUAUCUGUGAUGAAAACGAAGCACCUUCCUCGUUAUAUGUUUCAGAGGACGUUGAUGCUGAACCUGUUGAUUUUGAAAAUAAUGGACUUUUGUGGCUCCCUCCAGAACCAGAAGAUGAAGAAGAUGAUCGAGAAGCUAUUUUGUUCGAUGACGAUGAUGAUAAUGAUGGGAAUUGUACUGGAGAGUGGGGUUAUCUGCGUAGUUCAAGCAGUUUUGGUAGUGGGGAGUCUCGACACAGAGAUAGGUCAAAUGAGGAGCACAAGAAGGUAAUGAAGAAUGUAGUUGACGGGCACUUUAGGGCUUUGGUAUCGCAGCUAUUACAGGUUGAGAACUUACCAGUUGAAGACAACAACAAAAACAGUUGGUUGGAAAUAAUCAUAUCUCUGUCAUGGGAAGCUGCUAAUUUACUGAAACCAGAUAUGAGCAAAGGUGGAGGGAUGGACCCAGCUGGUUAUUCGAAAGUCAAAUGCAUAGCUUGCGGGAGCCGCAUUGAAAGUGUGGUGGUUAAAGGUGUUGUUUGUAAGAAAAAUGUGGCUCAUCGGCGAAUGACGUCAAAAGUGGAUAAACCUCGUAUGUUGAUCCUUGGAGGAGCUCUUGAAUACCAGCGCGUUACCAAUCUCUUGUCGAGUGUAGAUACCCUAUUGCAGCAGGAAAUGGAUCAUCUGAAGAUGGCAGUGGCAAAAAUAGCUUCACACCAGCCAAAUAUCCUUCUGGUAGAGAAAUCAGUUUCACGAUAUGCGCAGGAAUAUCUUCUUGCUAAAGAUAUAACUCUGGUUCUCAAUGUAAAGAGACCCCUUUUGGAACGCAUAGCACGUUGCACAGGCACUCAAAUAGUGCCUUCAGUCGACCAUCUUUCAUCACAAAAGUUGGGUUACUGUGAAACAUUUCAUGUUCAAAAGUUUCUUGAAGAUCUAAUUAGUGCUGGUCAGGGUGCCAAAAAAACAGUGAAAACAUUGAUGUUUUUCCAAGGUUGCCCAAAACCAUUAGGUUGCACAAUUUUACUCAGAGGAGCUGAUAUGGAUGAACUGAAAAAGGUCAAGCAUGUGGUUCAGUAUGCAGUUUUUGCAGCUUACCAUUUGGCUAUGGAGACAUCUUUUCUUGCCGAUGAAGGAGUCUCCCUUCCAGAACUUCCGUUAAACAGUCUGGCCCUUCCAAAUAAGUCGUCUUCCAUUCAAAGGUCCAUCUCAACAGUUCCUGGUUUUAGUGUUCCUGGCAAUGAAAAGUCUCAGGCUCAUGAACCUAACGCUGAACCACGGAGAACCAAAAGUGUCACAGUUGCUGAACUAGCCUCAGCAAUUUGCAAUACAGGAUCCUUAUGUAAUGGUUCUUCUCAAUCUUUGCCACCUGGAUUAAAUCUUAACCAUUCAAGUGCCUUGUACUCCUCCACUGUUGCUUCAGGAGAUGAAAUUCCCGAGUCGUACCAUAAGAAGCUUCUUUCCACACAACCUCUGGCGAAAGAAACUACUGUGGUGGAUAACACUCCGGUUGUCGUGGAUGACCCCUCUGUAAAUGAUUCUGAUACUGCAGAGAAGAUAUAUCAAGGCAUUUUGGCUGGAAAGUCUCAAAAUGGUCAUAGCCAAAUCUAUGCAAAUCAAUUAAGUGGUUCGGAGUCGUUAUCUCCAACUAAUGCUCAAAACCAUACCGAGAAGCCUGUAAUCACAAAUGAAGAACCAGUUCCUCAGAAAGAAGAGUUUCCUCCAUCACCCUCUGACCAUCAAAGCAUUUUGGUGUCGUUGUCCUCCCGGUGUGUGUGGAAGGGAACUGUGUGUGAGAGGUCCCAUCUAUUUCGAAUUAAAUACUAUGGAAGCUUUGACAAACCAUUGGGUCGGUUUCUACGGGACCAUUUAUUUGAUCAGAGUUAUCGAUGCCAUUCUUGUGAUAUGCCAUCGGAAGCACAUGUGCAUUGUUACACACAUCGACAGGGAACACUUACCAUAUCGGUCAAGAAACUACCAGAAAUUAUCCUUCCUGGUGAAAAGGAUGGAAAGAUUUGGAUGUGGCACAGGUGCUUGCGGUGUCCAAGAAUCAGUGGCUUUCCUCCUGCUACACAGAGAAUAGUAAUGUCUGAUGCCGCUUGGGGUUUAUCGUUCGGAAAAUUUUUGGAGCUCAGUUUCUCAAACCAUGCUGCAGCCAGCAGGGUGGCAAGCUGUGGCCAUUCUCUACACCGAGACUGUCUUCGUUUUUAUGGAUUUGGGAAAAUGGUUGCUUGUUUUCGAUAUGCAUCAAUUGAUGUUCACUCAGUCUACCUUCCCCCACACAAACUGAAUUUUGAUUAUGGGAAUCAGGAUUGGAUACAAAAAGAAACAGACGAGGUGGUCAACCGUGCAGAGCUUUUAUUCUCUGAAAUACUCAAUGGUCUUGGUCAAAUUGGAGAGAAGAGAUCUAGUGCAUCUCAAAUCAAUAGUGGCCAUAAAACACCGGAAAUAAGACGUCAAGUUGCUGAACUGGAGGGGAUGUUGCAAAGAGAGAAACUCGAAUUUGAGGAAACUCUUCAAAAGAUUUUGAACCAAGAAAAGAGAAAUGGCCAACCUGGGACUGGGAUUGACAUUCUGGAAGUUAAUCGAUUGUGGAGGCAGUUACUUUUCCAAUCAUAUAUGUGGGAUCACCGCCUUAUAUAUGCAGACAGCUUAGCUAAUUCCAACAAUGAAACUGGACUAAGCAGUUCAAUUUCAGAGGAUAUGGAAAUACCUAUCGAUGAAAAUUUGACGACUGAUGUCUCCUUGGCAGGAAGGGGAUUCAGUAGUGUUGACUCCAUUUGUGGAGUAGUUGAUGCUAAAAGUUCUCAGUCAGAUGCAUUUCAUCAAGAAGUUGACAUGGUCAAAAAUAAACAAAACGAGAAAGAAGAACAACCUAAUCUUUCGAUCAGCAAAAGUAUAAAUGACCAAUCUGACCUUUUAGAACCUGAAUUGGGUGUUCGCAGAGCUCUCUCUGAGGGGCCAUUUCCUGUCGUACCUAGUUUGUCUGAAACACUUGAUGCUAAAUGGACAGGUGAAAACCAGUCAGGAAUCGGAACUCAAAAGGAUAGCACUUCUGUAAACCCUGAUACAUCUACGGCAGAUGCUCUGACGGCCACUGUACAAAGAGAAGCAUACCAUCUCGGAGAUCGCACAGAAGACCAGAACGGCUACAAGAGUAUCUUUUCUGCUCCUAAAGGUCAUGAUAACAUGGAAGACUCUUUAAGCUGGUUAGGAAUGCCCUUUUUAAACUUCUAUCGCCAAUUUAACAAGAACUUGUUUGCUAGUAGCCAGAAGUUUGAAACACUAGUUGACUACAAUCCUGUUUUUGUAUCGUCCUUCGGGAAGCUGGAACUCCAAGGUGGUGCAAGGAUGCUUCUUCCGAUUGGUAUAAAUGACACUGUAAUUCCAAUAUAUGAUGAUGAACCCUCAAGUAUUAUAGCUUAUGCCUUGAUGUCCCCAGAAUAUCAUUUUCAAUUAUCUGAUGAUGGAGAGAGACCAAAAGAUGGAUCCUCUGAGUUGGCUUCAUCGUAUUUUUCAGAUUCUGGUGCCUUCCAAUCCUUUUCAUCUGCUGAUGACGCUUUUGAUUCUCAGAAAAGUUUCGGAUCAAUCGAGGAUAUGAUAUUGUCCAUGUCUGGGACUCGUAACUCGUCAAUGUUGGACCCGGUGACGCAUACAAAAGCUAUGCAUGCCCGAGUUUCCUUUGGAGAAGAUGGUCUCCUUGGUAAGGUAAAAUAUUCUGUGACCGGUUACUAUGCGAAGCGAUUUGAGGCCUUAAGAAGAGUCUGUUGUCCUUCAGAGCUCGACUACAUAAGGUCUCUCAGUCGCUGUAAGAAAUGGAGAGCUCAAGGUGGGAAGAGUAAUGUAUUCUUUGCAAAAACCUUGGAUGAUCGAUUUAUCAUCAAACAAGUUACCAAAACGGAACUUGAAUCGUUCAUCAAAUUUGGUCCAGAAUACUUCAAGUACCUUUCAGAAUCCAUAGCAACAGGAAGUCCAACAUGCCUGGCAAAAAUUCUUGGCAUAUACCAGGUUACGUCAAAGCAUCUCAAAGGAGGUAAAGAGUCCAAGAUGGAUGUUCUGGUUAUGGAGAAUCUUCUAUUUAGGAGGACCGUAACACGACUUUAUGAUCUCAAAGGGUCGUCGAGGUCUCGGUAUAAUCCAGAUAGUACAGGGAAAAACAAAGUUCUGCUGGACCAAAACUUGAUUGAAGCAAUGCCAACUUCUCCUAUUUUUGUGGGAAAUAAAGCAAAACGAUUGUUAGAAAGAGGUGUUUGGAAUGAUACUGGUUUUCUUGCAUCAGUUGAUGUAAUGGACUAUUCACUACUUGUUGGGGUGGAUGAAGAAAAGCAUGAGUUAGUUCUUGGAAUAAUUGAUUUCAUGAGGCAGUAUACAUGGGACAAGCAUCUUGAAACAUGGGUGAAAGCUUCAGGAAUCCUUGGAGGGCCAAAGAACGCAUCACCAACAGUUAUAUCACCGAAGCAAUAUAAGAAAAGGUUCAGGAAAGCAAUGACCACUUACUUUCUCAUGCUUCCAGAUCAGUGGUCCCCACCAUCUCUUAUUCCUAGUCUUUCCCAGUCUGAUUUAGUUGAAGAAAAAGAAAACAAUGCACAGUCUAGGACUUUAGCUGAAUGAUUCUUUGUUGUGUUUUUGUAAAUUUUACUUCGAUUUUGGGGAAUCAUCAACUCCCUCCAUAUUUUUGGUUUUGAAAAUUAUAUAGGAAUUCUUUUGGUUCAAUUGUAAGUUGGUCAACUAUAGAUAUUAUAAAAAAAAAUUGUUAGAAAGAUACACACAGAGGGGGGCUUUUAGAAGCCACAUGGUAUUUGAUGACCUCUGGAUGAAAUCUUAUGUACAAAACACAUAUAGUCACAUUUGUGUCAAGUUACAUACAUGUAUACUUUUUCAGAAGUGCUCCAGUAUCUCAAAUUUCUUUUGUCAUCA